AUGCCAGCGUUGAACAUGUUGACCAAAGAGGUCCACCCGGAGAAGUCCAAGACAGUAGUCGAGUACAGUUCAGGAUCUACCGUAAUAUCUCUGGCAUUGGUCUCUCGUAUCAAUCACGGAAUACAAGAUGUUCGCGCCUUCUUGAGUAACAAGACUUCGGCACCAAAACUCAGGCUCAUGCAAUUCUUCGGGCUGGACAUGUACGAGCGGUGA